AUGCGACUCGGAUUGGUCGUAAAGACGGCCUCGCCCCCAGGCGCGUUUGCCCGUGACGAAGCGCCCUCAGAGUUAGCGGUGGCAAAGGCGCGACGGACUCGUGAGGUGAAGAGGUCUGGGACGGCCUUGCGAGGUAGGGGCACCGCGGCGCCUGCACCGAACGAUGAGGCCCAGCCAUCGUUAUCGCCUGGAACAAAGACGAAUGUCGAUUCUCGUAAGAGCGAGGGGAAUUCGGCCAGAGUGCCCGCGAGUGAAUCGAAAUAUUCUUUGUACUCGAUGCUACCACCUCCGCCGCUACCGGUUAGCCCACCGGAUCCACCUCCGCCACCUCCACCAGCUCCGUUCCGAGCCAUGACGGCCUGUGAUGAAAAGUUUCCUAAAAGAACAAAGGCCAAAGGUGUCGUGGCCUUGAUAGGUUUCGUGCUUGCGACGGAAUCGUCGGCGCCGUCUUCUUCGCUGCCAUCGUUGUCUGUCUCGUUGGCAUAUGUUGCCAGAAUCUUGCGCAGCGCCUGUAAAGCACGAGGCUGGUCCAGAUUCAGCUCGCCCAGGAUGAUCAUUCGGCCGCGCCUGGGGAGUGUUGAGGAGAUGCUAGACUCCAGUACCGACGCAGCCAAAUCUUGUCGAGAAAGCUGUGGUUGUCGCAACAAGCGUCUUUCCAGCUUUCGCAUCCUUGGGCCCAUCGCGCGCUCACUCCCGACCCCAAGAAAGUCAAUCCAUCCGAAGCCACCCCCUAUGUCCAUCGCCUUCUGGUCCACUGACACCAAGUGUCGCUCGCCUCUUCUCGCAUGGCGGUUGGCCAAUGAAGAAGCCCUGAAAUCGACCGCCAAUGGUGCCACCAAUUCCGCUGCUGCCACUCAGGCCCUUGGCGGUAUGGUCAUCCUCCUCCUCGUAGACACCAUCGAUGAGCACAACCAUCCCUGGGGUAAACCAUGA